AUGGGUCGCGUUCGCACGAAGACCGUCAAGAAGUCCGCCAAAGUCAUCAUUGAGCGAUACUACCCCAAGCUCACGCUCGACUUCGAGACCAACAAGAGGAUAUGCGAUGAAAUUGCCAUCAUCGCAUCCAAGCGUCUUCGCAACAAGAUCGCCGGCUACACCACCCACUUGAUGAAGCGUAUCCAGCGCGGACCUGUGCGAGGCAUUUCUUUCAAGCUGCAAGAAGAGGAGCGAGAACGGAAAGAUCAAUACGUGCCCGAGAUCUCGGCCCUCGACUUCACCCAGAACACGGAGAGCGGCCAGCUCGAUGUCGACCCAGACACCAAGGACCUGUUGAAGAGCUUGGGUUUCGACUCUAUCCCCGUCAACGUCGUCCCCGUCGCCCAGCAAGCUCCCCAGGACCGUGGCGGUCGCAGAGUCUUCGGCACCGACCGCCCAGGACGGAGGGAAUAG